AUGAAGAGAGUAUUGGCCUUACACGGCGUCGGCUCCUCUGCAGAGAUUGUUAAGGAUCAACUGGCUCCACUGACAAGAGAGCUGGGCCCUAGAUACGAAUUUGUCUACUUGGAUGGAGCGGUCGAAAGAGAAAGGGGCCCAGAAAUAGCGCCUUAUUACCUAGGGCCAUUUUAUUCGUAUACCAGGGGCUACACGAUGGCUGAGAUUCGAGAAGCUCUCAAUGGCAUCGAUCAGUUCGUAAAUGACAAUGGCCCCCUUCAUGGAGUAUUUGGCUUCAGCCAAGGUGCCUCUCUGGCUGCCUCAUAUUUACUCGACUAUCAAACCCGCAAGCCCGGGACACAGCUGCCCUUUGAGUUCGCAGUUUUAUUCUCUUCGAUAUCAGCUUUCUCGCCUAGUAAGACAUGCUACGAAUCCAUCAUAGAAGAUCUUCUAAACCAAGACUUCCCGGCAAUUGAGUCGUUUCCCGAGGCAGAAUUCAACGAACUUGCCGAACCCGAGCGAAUCUUCGCCGAAUACUUAGCUCUAACGUUCACGGUAGCCAACAAUAUGGGCUCAUUUACAGAACCGAUCAACUUUUUCCAACAGCGGAACCAAGAAGUUAUCCCUCGUGUUUUGCAUCACUCUUUAACCCAAGACCGCAUCAAAAUCCCAACUGUCCACGUCAACGGAAAAGGAGAUCUCUCUGCAAUGAGUGCGCAGUCAAGAUUGGUCUGUGGUCUGUGCGACCAAUCCUUGGCUCGCGUACAUCACCAUCCAGGGGGUCACGGUGUACCUACAAACCUCUCCGACGUGAAGACUCUUGUGAAGAUGAUAGAUUGGGCUAGUAUAGAGGGAGCAGACCGCCGUGCGCUACAUCAAGCCCCGAUGGGAACCCCGCAGCGUCAGUUUUCGUAA